GUUUUUCCUUUCCAUGAGGACAGGGACCUGUCUGUUUUUUUUCCUUGCAGUAUCUCCACACUUAGCCAGAGCUUGGCAGAGUAAAUGCUCCAUAAUUAUUGAUUAUGGUGAGAAAAGCAGAAAUGAUUAAGGAGGACCCCCGCAGUUAAGUAUAUGAGGAUGAGUUGAUAUAAAUAUCAUGAAGAACAGGUAUUCACACACUUGUGGAACAAAGGAACUUCACCUGGAAUGAGAGGGAUAGGUGGCUUUAUUGAGGAGGUGGCACUUGAGCCAUCUGAUUGUGAGGAUAUGUGAUGGUGAGGAGGAGCCAACUGGAGGAUUUGUUUUUGAGUUGGGAGUAGGCCAGGCAUAGAGAAGAGCUGUGUAGGCAGAGGAAUCAGCAUGUGCAAAGGCCCUGUGGAAGGACAUGGAGGAAGCUAGUAGGUUUGGGAAGGGUGAGAGGAGCGUGGGCUGGAAGAUGGAUAGGCCUGCAUCCCCAUACGAUUUCACAGUCAGAGUUUCAGUCUUCAUGGGUAGAGCAGCAGGAGGUGAUGGGCUGGGAAAGAGCCAGAGGAAGACUGGUUGACUUUAGACAGGAGGAAGAUUCCUUCAAAAUAAGUUGAGAUGAAAGGAUGGCAGUGUACAGAUCUGGGAGUGUUUAGGUGGUGGAGGGAACUCACGGAACCCUUAGUGGAUGUUUCUGUUACUUUGUGAGGUAGAAGGUGAAGAUUUGUGGAGGAAUGAGGUAUGAACAUGGUAGAGAGAAGGUGUGAAAAUAUAGGAAGGGAAUAUGGUCCCCUGGGGCGUAAUCCUUUUGAGACAAAUCUUUCUAUAUUUGAACUAGGACSUCUGAGAGGAGGCCACACAGAAAARGCCUAGUGUCCUUGAAGGGCAUCUCACCUGCCUCCUGAGCCACUGGCUUUCAUAGUCUUGUGGCAGUGAGGUCUGCCCACAGCUCAGUUCUCUGAGUAUCUUGCUAAUCCCUGAACAGCUCCUGCAAGGUCUGUUACUAGGAGGUGAUAUUAUAGUGUUGUUGGUGGAUACUGGACAUAGUAGACAAGUUGUUUGGAGCACUGUGGUGUGGGACUGGGGCCAUGGGAUGUUCUAUCCUGUCUUAGGGUCUUGGCCCUUGGUCACUGUGCCAGCACAUUCCCUACAACCGCCUGURUCUGACACAUUGUGAGCACAGCAGAGUUAGCUGUGGUUCUACCACUCAAUGGCUGCAAGCUGCAGCGUGAACUUUGGGAUGUUGAAACGUGUGGGUAUAGCCAGGAUUCCUGCCCCAGUCCUCACUGGUAAUACCAGGGAUCCUCACUUGGUUGUUUUUGCAGUGGCUGAGCCAGACACUAAGAUAGGGCUUCACUCCAAUCUCUGUAUAAUUUAACAAUACUAUAUAUAUUUCAUUUUUGCAGAUGGGGAAACAGGCUCCAAGAGGCAAUAUGAUGGCAUUAGGGGUCACACAAUGAAUGAUAGAGCUGGCAUUGGAGGCUGGAUCUGUCUGGUCACCAUGGGGCCUGUUCUUUCCAGAGCCCUGUGUCCUUCUGAGCUUCCCUACCAUGAUUACCUCCUGCAGAGCCCCAACUCAUUUCCAUUUAAAAGAGGAUACUCAACUUGCUUGUGGUUAUGAGGGUCUCCAGAGGUACUCCUGGGGAACUGGACUUCAUAGUCACGUGUAUGUGUACACAUGCACACAGGUUGUGUACAACGUGGGACUCUGCAUCUGUCUGUUUGACAUCACCAAGCUGGAGGAUGCCUAUGUGUUCCCAGGGGAUGGCGCUUCACAUACCAAAGUACAUUUUCGCUAUGUGGUGUUCCACCCAUUCCUGGAUGAGAUUUUGAUUGGGAAGAUCAAGGGCUGCAGCCCAGAGGGAGUGCAUGUCUCUCUAGGGUUCUUUGAUGACAUUCUCAUUCCCCCAGAGUCACUGCAGCAGCCUGCCAAGUUUGAUGAAGCAGAACAGGUGUGGGUGUGGGAGUAUGAGACGGAGGAGGGAGCACACGACCUGUACAUGGACACUGGUGAGGAGAUCCGCUUCCGAGUGGUGGAUGAGAGCUUUGUGGACACGUCUCCUACAGGGCCCAGCUCUGCGGAGACCACAUCUUCCAGUGAGGAGUUGCCAAAGAAGGAGGCUCCAUACACACUUGUGGUGAGAGGUUUUGAUGGUGCAGCAGGAAUCACUGGGAGGCAGGAGAGCCCAGUGUGCAGUGAUGGGCGGCUCCCUGGAAGUUCUGCUAUAGGACCUGCUCUCCAGCAGGUCAGGGACCAGGCCCCUCUUGUGUGGUCUUGGCCAGCCACUUCUCCCCAAAAUCGAAAUCCCUGUUUCUCAAGGCUAGGGCAGCGGAGCCAAAGUUGCCAGGAAUAUUGGAGAGGUUGGGCAGGAUUAGUGCCUUGCCUGCAAGGGUCCAUGCUGCACAAGCCACCGGGGCUGCAGGGAAGAAACAAGCCAAGGAGGGAAGAGUGGCCCGGGGGCUGCUCCCUCUGUACAUAUUUGGAGGCCAGGCCUCAUGAACUGUCAGCUUUUCUGGCAGGACUAGACUACAGAUGGCUUAGGAGGGUGGGCCUGGGGGUGAGGACCGGUGCUUGAUCCCACCUAGGCCUUGGGGCCAGCAAACCAGCACUCUCCUKACAGACCUCAGGAGGGGAGAGGCAGGAGAGGGGUCUGUGCCCCAUGUGCUCCACUGUGCCAUCACGGAUGUGGAUCCUCAUUUCACUACAGCCCCAUGGCUGUUGUGUGCCUCACCUUUCCUUUGCCUAUGCUGGUUCUGCUGUGAAUCGAGGGUGGGUCCCUGUUAUCUCCUCUCCAGGGUAGUUAAGCCCUAAAUGGUGGUGAAACAUACCUGUUCUCUCUCUGGCAGGGAUCCAUCAGUGAGCCUGGCCUGGGCCUUCUCUCGUGGUGGACCAGCAACUAGAUCUGGGGUUCGACGGGGAACUUGCCCAUCCAGUAGACCCUACCUCAGCCCUGGGGAAGGUGGUGCAGCUGGUCCUGAGCAGAUGCUGAGGAGUCCAUGUCACCCAGGACCAGAAKGGGCAGGGGUCAGCACUGCUGCCAGCAUGUCCUCCCUCCCCAGUGACCUAGCCCUGAUCUUCCCCACAGAGCGCUACCCCUGAAGUCCUGCUAUCCUGUGAUUUUUUUUUUUUUUUUGGCAGUGCUGGGGGAUGAUGGAACAUAGGGCCUGCCACAAGCUAGGCAAAGACUGAGACCACUGAGCCACACCCCCAGCCCUAUCCAGUCCCAUCCUGUGAUUUUCAGUGAUAGCAACAUUUUAAUAAAGUAAUGGCAGCAUUUGCAGGGAAGGAUCAUCAAGAUCCUUCCCUGGAUUUGUUUCAAUGGCUAAUGUCAUGAUCUACUUAGUUGCCAAGCUGGGACAUGUCCUUAACUCACCCCAUAUCCCUUUUGAAGAACUCCCCCCAAAUGGCAAAAAGUGGGGUUUUCAGAUUGUGGAAUUCCUGCCACCCCAGGCAGGGCCUUGGGCUGGCUGAGCUUGGCUCCAUAGUAGAGAGAGGCCAGUCUAGGCUAGCUGCUUUGGUCCUGAAGCUACCAGUUAUUGACUGAGUUAGAGGCAGUACACCCACUCUGCAUUUGGAAAAUAGAAGGAAGCCCCUAAAAUUGGCCAAACCAGCUCUGAGUUGAGGAAGUGAAGGCUGUGGGCUUUCUUGACCCCAGGUAUCAUCCCCCAUAGAAGAGCAGGAAUCCUGGUGCCUGUYACUCAGAUUGCAGGUAUAGCUAUGUAGUGCAGUGAUGCCCCAGAUUUGAGCAGGAGAAUGGCUCUGACAGGUCCUCCUGCCCCUUUCUCCCAAUGCUGUGGACACCAGGACACUUGUACCUGAGUCUUGUCCUGGUGUUGGGCCUCCAUGGAGACUUUYUACUUCAGGUUACCAGUGGAAGUCUUGGGCAGUGUCAGCCUAUGUAACCUCAGGGGGACCCUAUUUUUCACCAUGCUAAAGGGACAGAACAUUAUAUAGCAUAUUCCAGUCAUGACCUUAUCUGUAAGAUACACAGGCCAUCCCUCAGAGUGAUUAGAGGGAUUAACAAGACCAUGCCAGCCAUGCCAUCAGUGCCCAAGGGAAGAAGGUGGGUUCUUUCUCCAAGAGGCUCUYUCCCACCAGGAAAACUAUGGGAUCUAGGGCCAUGCCUGUAUAGCUGGUGCAAGUGCAGGAGGGCAGGUGGUGAUGGGGAGGGCCUUUCUGCCACAGCUCACAUCUCCUUCACAGCAGCAACUGGGCUCCAGGUGUGACUGUGGGGUGUCCACUGACAUUGGCUAAAAAGGCCUUCCCUGAACCCUGGAGUUGGUACAAACAGCAGAGACCACCACUCACGCAGGAACAGUCAAUGAAUUUGGAUUCUUAUUUUUCUUGCAAGAAAAAAAUGUUCUCUAAAAUCCUUCAGCCACCAAAUGAUCAGGCAGAAUAAAAAUUUCUUUAGAGGGGAGUGUUGUCAUAAAAAUAAAUACAGUCAUGUGGCGCUGCUCAAGAUUU